CGUUCCUUCCGCACAAGUCACAACCGCAUUGAUCACCUAAAAUCCAAACGGGUCGAUAUAUUGCCAAUUUUCCCUUCCUUCAUUCCUUAUUCUUUCUGAAUGGCAGAUCAUCUAUGUGAAGAAUUGACUGAUGAAAUCUUUCUAAGAUUACCCAUCAAAUCCCUCCUCCGAUUUAGAUGUCUCUCCAAGUAUUGGUUUUCUCGUAUUGCUAGCCCCGAUUUCAUACGGACCCACAAACUUCGAUCCGUGAACACUCCGUGGAAACUCCUCGUCAAGUACCAUCAUUGGUUUUAUCGUGGCACAGACAUUUAUUCAUUGUUUUCGGAAAACAAAUUAUCAUUGGAUUAUCGAACAGCUGAUCAGAGCACGAAUGUAGCAAAACUUGAUCUCCCGACGCCCAUAGAUUUUGAAAUCGUUGGUUCAUGUAAUGGAGUUUUCUGUGUGGUGGACAAAGAAAAAAAAUUUAGUUUAUGGAACCCUUCAAUUGGGCGCAAACUAACUAUACCUGUACCCCUAAAUUAUAUAGAAAAAGGACAUGAUCUUGCACUAGGUUUUGGGGUCGACCCAGUCACCGAUGAUUACAAGAUUGUGAUAAUUUCAUACUUGAAAACAGAUCCAUUGGUUUACUCUAUGAAGACAGACACUUGGUCUCUCAUUAAUUCCCCUACCAUGAUGCUAAAAAAUGUUUUGUCAAGGCGGGCGUGUCUGGUCAACGGAACAUUGUAUUGGGUGAUUAAACGUAAUCCAAACGGAAUAUGUAUAAUGACAUUUGAUUUGAGUACAUAUGUUUGUGGCACAGUUGAGUUCCCGGAACCAUGGUGUGAUAGAAGAAAACUAAUGAUGGUCGUCAAAGAUUCGUUAGCUUUGGUUUAUAGAAAAUCUUGGAAUGACUGGAUUUGGGUGAGAAGACACGGAAAUAAUAAUAUUGCUUUUAGGUCUAUGGUUUUUAGAUUGCUAAUUGAUCAACGAGUAGGUGGAGUUUUGGGACUGACCGAUGGUGAUUUCUUGCUCCAAAAAUACAAAUUGGGGCUCAGUGUUUAUAAUGCAGAAAGAGGAAAAGAGAGCCCAUUUCCGGCACCCUGUUAUAUUUCUGAAGGUAUCAUUGACAUGGAAACAUAUGCCGAAAGCCUUGUAUUGCUAGAUAGAGGAGUUGUUGCAAAGGGAAACCAACAAUCGUGUGAUGUAGAAGCAAAAACAAAUGGCAAAAAAAGAAGACGACCGAUGUCCCAGUUUUUAGAUACGUCAGUUUGAUCUUGUACUUGAUUACAGUUUUCCUAUAAUUCAUGAGAUCUCUUUCAAUU